CAAAAAUUCAUCUCACACUUCCUUCUCUUCACAACAGCCUCUGACACUGCUAGAGAGAAAAAAGAGACCAUCUUUUUGCUCCAAGACCAGAUAUCGACCUGACCUGAUGGCGGAUGCACUGCUCGGAUCUGCAGUACAAGUUCUAGUGGAGAAGGCAAUAAAUUUGGCUUCCGAACAAAUUGGCCAGUUUGUUGGCUUCAAGAAAGAUUUGGAGAAACUGAAGGAUACGUUGACACUGAUCCAGGCUGUCCUCCGUGACGCAGAGAAAGAGCAGGCGACUAAAGAGAUCGUGAAGCGAUGGCUGGAGAACCUUGAACGUGUGGCUUUCGAUGCUGAAAAUGUGCUGGAUGACUUCAACUAUGAGAUGAUCCGGCGCAAAGUUGAGAUUCAAAACCAAAUGAAGAGGGAGGUAUGCUUGUUCUUCUCACUCUCCAAUCCCAUUGCAUUUCGUUGCAAAAUGGCCUGCAAGAUUCAAAAAAUCAAUAUGGAUUUGAAAAGUAUCCAUGAACAAGCAACGAAACUUGGCCUCCUCCAGUCACAGAAUGGAGCUAGAGAUGCACCUGCUCUUUCUCCUCCUAGCGGAGGAGCAUUUAUAAAGAACAGAGAGACUGACUCUGUUACUGUUGAUGCGAGUUUUGUUGGAAGAGAUAAUGAUGUCUCAGCAAUAGUAACACAAUUGACUGCCACAAAUAAUAAUGAAACUAUCUCCGUUCUCCCUAUAGUAGGGAUGGGCGGGAUUGGGAAGACCACCUUGGCUCGAAAAGUUUUCAAUGAUACAAAGAUUGAAAAACAUUUUGACAAGAGAAUAUGGGUGUGUGUUUCGGAGGAUUUCAUUGCCAAUGGGCUAUUUGGAAUGAUUCUACAAUCACUGCAAGGUCAAGAGCCUGAAGCUAAGAAUAGGGAAGCCAGAGUCAAGCAGCUUAAGGCAUUAUUGGACGGUAAAAAAUACCUAUUGGUCUUGGAUGAUGUGUGGAAUAAGGAGUCCAUGCUAUGGAAUGAUUUUCUUGGGUCUCUGAAAGGUACUAGCCAAGCCAUGGGGAGUUGGAUUCUUGUGACCACUCGUGAGCAACAGGUGGUAGACAUCACCAGAAUUUCUUUUCCUCAGGGUUAUUCCUUGAAACAAUUAUCAGAUGAUCAAUGUUGGCGCAUUCUCAAAGAAAAUGCAUUUGGUGCUGGGGAAGUGCCCGAUGGGUUGAAAGAUAUAGGGUUGAAGAUUGUGCAAAGAUGCAGAGGCUUACCAUUGGCUACAAGUGUUCUCGGUGGUAUGCUGCGCAACAAGGAACCAGAUGAAUGGCAAAAAUUAGAGAGUGGGCUUCAAAUUUUAGGUGGAGGUGAAAAUAGUAACGUUAAUGAAAUUUUGAAGUUGAGCUUUGAUCAUCUUUCACAUCCUUCUCUUAAAAAGUGUUUUGCAUAUUGUUCAAUUUUUCCCAAGGAUUUUCAAAUGGAAAGGAAUCAAUUAAUCCAACUUUGGGCAGCAGAAGGAUUUCUUCAUUCAAAUCCAACAGACGAUAUGCAUAUGGAGGAAGUUGGUAACAGGUAUUUUACCAUUUUGUUGGAUAGUAACUUAUUUCAAGAGGCAGGGAAGGAUGAUUAUGGGAAUGUUUUGAAUUGCAAAAUGCAUGAUCUUGUGCAUGAUAUGGUGCAAUCCAUUUCCAAUUCCAAAACUUUAAGGUUGACAGAGUCUGGUAGUGUUGAUAUGGAAACGUCUUCUAUUCGGUAUCUUGCAUUGGAGAGAAUACAAGAAGAAAUGACAUUUCCUUCCACUAAAAGUUUCAAAUGUAUUACAACAUUGUUUUUGCAGGGAAACAUAUCACUUAAUGAUAGGGAGAUGUCAUUUUUUAUGUUGCGAGUUUUGAACUUGAGGGCAUCGAGUGUCGAAGAGCUUCCUAAAUCAAUUGGCAAGCUAACUCAUUUGCGAUAUCUUGAUUCAUCAAGAGCUUCAAUCAAUAGAUUGCCUGAGUCUCUAUGUCAACUUUACAAUUUGCAGACAUUAAGAUUUAAAUAUUGUGACUCACUGACAAAGUUUCCUAAGAAUUUCAAGAAUUUGGUGAAUUUGAGGCACUUUGACUUUUUCUCUUAUCAUAAAUCAAGUGAUAUCAUGCCUUUUGAGAUCGGACAGUUGCAAUUUCUCCAAACUUUGCCAUUUUUCAAUAUUGGUGAAGAAAGAGGUCGACAAAUUGGAGAAUUGAGGAAUUUGAAGAAUCUCAGUGGACGACUUCAGUUACGUAAUCUUGAAUUAGUGAAAAGCAAGGAAGAAGCUGAGUCUGCAAAUCUGAUUGGGAAGCCAAACAUUGAUGAGUUAAGAUUACUAUGGAAUGAAAUAGAUAAUUCAAGAAAUAAUGAUAGUGAAUACAAUCGAGUGCUGGAAGGCUUGCAUCCUCACCAAAAUUUGAAAGGUUUGAUUAUUGAAAGAUUUUUUGGUGAUAAACUUUCAACGUGGAUUGGAAAACUUGGGAAAUUGGUGAAAUUUGAAUUGCAAGAUUGCAAAAACUGCAAAGAGUUACCAACUCUUGGAAACAUGCCCUUGCUCAAAUCUCUUCAAUUGAAAGGACUUGACAGCGUAACAAGUAUAGGCCCUUCUUUUUAUGGCGGAUCUGGCAUGCAUAGUGGCAGUAGGAGUCAAAGACCCCUAAGCUUGUUUCUAGCACUUGAACUUCUCAUUCUAGAAAAAAUGCCAAAUUUGAGGGAAUGGAUGGAAGCACCAGUUCACGAUGGGACAGUGGUGGUGUUUCCAGUCCUUCAUACGGUAUGGAUUACUGAUUGCCCUCAAUUAGCCACUUUGCCAAGUCAUUUUCCACGUCUCGAGGAAUUGGAGAUCGAUAACACCCAAAAUGGAUCAGCAUUAAUGACAUGUAUUUGUAGCGGAGUCAGCACUCUCACUAGACUUUCCGUUAAGAGUGUGAAUGGGCUUGCCAAGCUACCAAAUAUGUUAUUUCAAAACAAUCCAAAUCUUGCACAUCUGAAGUUAGUCAAUUGUGGUGAUUUGGCCCAAUUCUCGGAUUUUCCAUUUGAUGUUCCUCAAACUGUAGAAGGACCAAAUUGUCAAUCAGUGCUUGAGCACACUGGUACCGACAAUAAUGCUCCUCAACAUUUGGUUGGCCUCGAGUCCCUAGAGAAAUUAACUGUUACUGAGUGCCACUCGCUAGAGUCAAUUUCAAUCCCCAAGGGACGCAGAUACCUCACUGCCUUGCGACAAUUAAGCAUUUCUCGUUGCAAUGGGUUAACCCACUUGUCCAUCCCCCAAAUAUCUGAGUCAGAGUGGGGUUCCACUACUUCACGUUUCUCCUCCUUCGGUACUUGUCCUCCUCUUCCUCUCGAGGAAUUGUAUGUAUACAGCUGCCCCAAUCUUAUCUCCUUUCCAAUUGAUUUAACCCGAACACCUUCUCUCUCUUACCUGGACAUAUCACAAUGUAAGAAAUUAACCGACUUGCCCAGUGGGCAGCUUUGUUCUCUUACAAGCUUGAGAUACUUAGAAAUCGGACCAUUCUCAGAAACCACCGCAGAGUUGCAUUCCUUCCUAGUCCUCUUUGAUGCUCUCCCACCACUGCACCCCUACUUCCCCUCCCUUUCAUAUUUACAUCUGAGAGGAUGGCCUCAUUGGGAAUCCCUGCCCGAGCAACUUCAGCACCUCUCUGCCCUAACAACUCUUGGACUAUAUGAUUUUGGAGUAAAAUCAUUACCCGAUUGGUUUGGAAAGCUUUCCUCACUUGAACAACUCAAUCUCUGUAAUUGUGAAAAGUUGGAGAAUUUACCCUCUCACCAAUCUAUGAGAAGCCUCACCAGACUAAGAGAGCUGCAGAUUAUUAUGUGUCCCCUUCUAAAGGAAAGAUGAAAUCCAGAAAGCAGCAGCAGCAGCACCUACCUCAAUUCUGAGUGGUUGAAGAUCUCCGACAUUCCCAUUGAUAGGCAGCAAAUCAGAGGCUAAUCUCCAUUUCUAUUUUGAGUUCAUAAAUAAUGUCAGUUUCCCCAAUAAAAGCUACUAGAUUGUUAUGGCCGACAAUAAAUGUAGCCAGCCAGCAAAGUGAUAGUUUUUAAGCCAUAAGAAUGCUCUGCAUGAGAAUGACCGUGGAGAAGCUUGAUAUAUUGGAACAAAAGUCUUUAGCUAUCAUGGUUUCCUGUUAUAUGGUGAUCAGAUAAGUGCCUACACAUUCUUGGCACUUGCAAAAUGAUGGUUUGUUUGCUAGGUGAGGGCUUUCUAGUUUCAAAUAGAUCCAUCAGGGCACUCCCAAAAGAAACUCUUUCUCCUCCUUUGUAUGGAGACAAUUUAGUUGUUUGAGUGCUAAAAAUCUGAUGAAUGGUUCAGCAUAAGCUGUUGUCUCAAUCUGAUGGGGCAAAUACUCUAGUUCAAGGCUAUUACAAAGUUGAUGGAAGAGAUGGCAUGGUUAAUACGCUUCCUUUGCACAUCUGAUAAAGUUCUCCAACCUGCAUUUUCACAAGACUUUGAUAAUUGUGAUUCUUUGAAAUGAAUUAGAUAAAUGGACUAUGUAGAAGGUCAAAAUUUUUAUGUAGGAGAGGUACAAUUCAAUGCUGAGGUAUAACAUGGAAAUCUUGACUCAUAUCAUUCAACCAUGAAGUGUUCUGAGAGGAAGGAUCAAACUUUUUGGCAAUACAGUUCAUGUGGAAUGCAAUCUGCUGGUGAAAGAGAGUGUCCAUGCCUUGUAAGGGAACUUGUUAUUAAAAAUACUUGGUUCAAAAGGUUUUCUCGUGUCAGUAACCUGAUGUCAAUUUGAUUCUUGACAAACUUGGUGCACCUAAAACAGUCGAAUGGACUAUGGAGAAGGUAAAAAUUUUUAUGUAGGUGAGGUCGAGUUCAAUGCUGGGGUAUACAUGGAAAUCUUGAUUCAUAUCAUUCAACCAGGAAGUGUUCUAAGAGGAAGGAUCAAACUUCUUGGCAAUACAGUUCAUGUGGAUUGCAAUCCACUGGUGAAAGAGAGUGUCCAUGCCUUGUAAGGGAACUGUUAUUAAAAAUACUUGAAAAGGCAUGGCACCUUUUGAGGAACCUUUGCUAUAUUAUCUAACAGUAUGCUAUGAGGAUAUGACUUCCAAGAUUUAGGUCUUUAAUUGGCCUAGUUGAAGUGAUCUUCCGUAGUUGCACUAGAAAAAGUAAGGAGAAAACCUUUUCAGUUGUAGCAAUCUACCUAGUCUCUCUCAAAAGGAAGACUCUUGCACUUUAAUCGUACACAGAGAAGGUCAAGUUAUAAUUCACUUUAAUCCAAUCUACAUUGAUCAUUGGAGUAUGCUCAUUGUGCAACUUCUAGUCUGAUGCCAUUUUUUUCCUAUGGUCAUCGGCAUUGAGAGUCUACAAUCACAAUAGCGAGUCCAUGGAAAUAUACAUGAGGCUGAGAGUGAUAGAUUUUCUUGAGGCCUAGAGAUUUUCAAGAAUCUGCAUGAAGAUGAUUCUGGCUGACUAUAGGGAUUCUCAUGCAUGAUGUACACUUCUCUUUGUGAUUUUAUUACUUUGAUUCAAGGAAAUUUAUCUGAUUUUCAUGACUUCUGAUUUCUUUGUGCUUUCGAUCGAGUUUCAUAAUCAGCAGAAUAAAAAUGAUCUUCAUACAUUGCCAUUUAUUUUAAACUUGAAUAAAAUUGUGAAUCUUUCGCCCAUUGUUUACAAGAAGAAAAGAGAUAUGGAUAAACCAAUACAUGGGAAAGCUACUGGUUGGAAUUUAAGUCAAGGUAUUCCCUUGCUCUCAUAAUCAUGGUUAUACUUCCUGGAUCUGCAGCUUCCAUUUUCUAGAGUGUACUUACUAUUGCACUUGACCUAAUGAUUUUUGAAAUGCUUAUAGCCUUGCAGAAACAAAAUUUGUAUCUAUUCAGAUGACAAAUGUUGCUAAUAAAGCUUGUCAGCCCUUCUAAUGCAACAUAACCUGGUCUCCUCAAGAAGCUUUCAUCUGUUGAAGGAUUAUAAGUUGGCACAUCUGAACAGCUUGAGUUGUAAACCUCCUACCAAUCCAUCCGAAGCCUCCCUAUACGAUGCAUUCUUCUGAUCUAAAGGGAAGGUGUUGCAACAUGAGCAGCUGCCCAACAUUGAGUGGUGCAAGCAUUACCAGAUUCUCAUUUUGAGAUUGAUCAUAUUUUGUCAGAAAAUUCUUGUCUACGCCUAUGCUUAAGGAUGUUUCAGUGCAGUAUAUUCCAACCAUUAUGCUGUCUUCAGUUGUGUGUAUUCAAUCUCAUGAUACUAUACAUUUUUUUGACAUUUUGAGGAAGAGUUGCUUAUUGCUAGGUGUAAUAGGCAAUGACUAUUACAGCAUAACACAUUCCUUAUUGCUUGAUGUAAAAGUCAAUGAGUAUUACAACAUAACACAUCGUAUAGUGUAUGAUCUUGCACAUGAUCUUGCGCAAUUUAUUUUGAGUUUUGGAAAA